AGGUGAUUCCAAGAAAGAAAUUAAUUCGGUCCAAUCUCAAAUCAAUAUUUUUACUACAUAUUUUGUUGUUGUUAUGGACAUGCCUCCAGGCCAAAACAUGCCUAUGUCAAAUGACACAAACAGCAUGAUGAUGCAGAUGAGUUUCUAUUGGGGCAGAAAAGCAAUAGUUCUUUUCUCUGGGUGGCCAAAUGACAACCUUGGAAUGUACAUCUUAGCUAUUUUGUUUGUGUUCCUUCUAGCUAUGGCUGCUGAGGUUUUGUCUAACCAACCAACCAUCAAACGUAGGACUAAUCCCCUCAUUGGAGCCUUCUUUCAGUCUUCUGUUCACUUCUUUCGAAUCGGUUUCGCUUACUUGGUUAUGCUUUCUGUUAUGUCCUUCAAUCUUGGAAUCUUCUUUGCUGCUCUUUUUGGUCAUUCUUUCGGAUUCUUCGUCGCUAGAUCGCGUGCUAUUGCUCUUGCUAAUCAAGAAGAUAAAAAUUCCUCCUCUGUUACACUUCAAAUUUGAGCUAUUGUGUUUUACAUGUUUUUUUUAAGUUCCCUAGUUUUUCAAAGCUUUUUACACUCCCUAUGUAAUAAAAUAUAAACAAAAAAAAGUAUAUAUGUAUUUAGAUCAAAGUGAUCCUGGUACAUAUGUUUUUAUGUUUAUAUUUUGUUAAAAAGAAAGUAUAUGUUAUAGAUUGAUGAAGAAUGAUUGCAUCUAUUUGAUAGUUAAUUUUUGUCUUGUCGUGUUCAAAACUUUGUAUCAUGUUCUUAAAGUUUGCCGUACAAAAAGUGAAAUGUAUUAAAUAGCACUUAAAUCGUAUGUAAAUAUGUAUUUUUCUCUGUUAAA